UGAACUUGAUGUCAUUUCUUUAAUACUGUGUGAACCUGUGGAAUACUCAGGAUUAUUUUUAAAGUUAAAUGAACGAGAGACGGAAAGCUCUAAGGAAGUGGAGCCAUGCUGGAUAUUUUUGGUCCCUAUUCAUUGACAGGAAGACAAGCUUCAGAACUGCCCUUUCAGCUACUUUCUCUUCCAAUGUUGUCCUUUUCUUUGUCUCCUGGUUUUGUGCUUUCUCUGUCAUCUACAACAGUUGCUCUGAUUCUGUUGAACAGUUCAACAAUUCUGCUGAAGGCCAGUGAUGGAUUGUCUGGGUUCUAGUCUCAGGACGUCUCUUCUGUACAGGACUGCCUCUGGUAGGUGAUGAUGGCAGACACCAUGACUAUGAUAGUGGCUUUUACUAUGACCUUCAUGAGGAGCAGAACUUCGAUCUCCACUCUCAUGUUGGAAUAUUGACACAAAAAAACAGGCAGCCAAACAGUCUUACCACUUUUUCCAUACUUAUAGCAACCUAGAAGUUCUGCUAGAAAUUAACACAUAAUGGGCAGUGGAUUGAGAAAAAUGAGACGUCGGCAGAAGUAUUGGUUUUGUCGAACAAAAGAGAGAGCAGGCAAGGCAAGCUGCUUCCACUCCAAAUCCCUUGAUGAAGAUGAGGCUUGUGUGGGAGUGAAGAUCGCAGAGGCACAAGAUCUUGGCAGUAGGCCUGCAGAGCGACUCAGUCGACACGAGAAGCCGCGUCAGGGAAGCAGGGCAAGCAACAGAAGCUCCACAGGAGUAAAUGGAAAAGGAUCGCGACGUCAGCUGCCUCAGCGUAUCAAACCACAAGUGCCUCCUAAACCAGCACACCUCCAGACUCCGGUGAUCAAGCUGUGUAAGCCGCUGGGCAGGAGCUCACCCUUUAACUCCAAGAUGGAGGAGGGCGGAGGAGGAGGGGGGAAAGGCCGAGUGUCUGACCUCAUCAGCCGCUUUGAGGAAAACAGACACACAGAGAGGAGAGAAGGCUCUCCUCAGAAAAACGCAGCCAAACUUGAUAAGUGCAGUACGGUUCAGAGGAGUUGCCAGAAACCAACGGAUACUACAGAGCAGACUCGGGACUGCAGCACCAGCCAUGACCACAUGCCCUCUACCAAUGGAGUGUUAGCUCAGAUGGACAGAAACGGUGAUGACAGUGGAGCUGCGAGACCAGAUGGUGAACCACUGCUGAAUGGAGGCAUGGUGGAACAAAGUUUGGACGGGGUCACGGACGUGUCUCAGAUUGUCGUCGAGACGCCUGAGAAAGAGGAUGAGAGCAAAAGAACAGAGGCAGAGAAUGAUGCUAGUAUGGAUGGCGGGGGCAUGGAACACAAGGAGACCAACAAACAGAAGCUGCACAAUAUCGCCAAUGAGCUUCUGCAGACAGAGAAGGCCUACGUUGCAAGACUAAAUUUAUUACAGGUGUUUUACUCCAAGCUGACGGAGGAGGCAGGAAAAGGCACGUUUCCUUUGGAGGUGGUGAAGAACAUCUUCUCUAAUAUCUCCUCCAUCUGUACCUUUCACAGCCAGUUUCUGCUGCCAGACCUGGAGAAACGCAUGGGAGAAUGGGAGACGACGCCUCGAAUCGGGGACAUUCUGCAGAAACUUACACCCUUUCUUAAGAUGUAUGCAGAAUAUGUAAGGAACUUUGAUAAAGCCAUGGAGCUGCUGAAACAAUGGACAGACCGCUCACCUCAGUUUAAGGCCAUCAUUCAAGACAUGCAGAAGCAGGAAGUGUGUGGGAGUCUGACGCUGCAGCAUCACAUGCUGGAACCAGUACAGAGAGUACCAAGAUAUGAGAUGUUACUCAAAGACUAUCUGAAGAAGCUUCCUCAGGAUCACGUGGACCAGAGGGAUGCAGAAAAAUCGUUGGAGAUUAUUGCCACAGCAGCCACACACUCAAACACUGCAAUUCGCAAAUCUGAGAAUCUGAAGAAACUGCUGGAGAUUUAUGAGAUGCUGGGGGAGGAAGAGGACAUUGUGAAUGCCUCCAAUGAGUUUAUAAAAGAGGGCCAUAUUCUCAAACUGGCGGCCAGGAACACUUCAGCUAUGGACCGAUACCUCUUUCUGUUUAACAACAUGCUGCUCUACUGCGUUCCCAAGUUCAGCCUGGUGGGCCAGAAGUUUACAGUGCGCACACGGAUCGGCAUCGAUGGGAUGAAGGUGGCAGAGACGUAUAACGAGGAUUAUCCUCAUACGUUCCAGGUUUCUGGGAAGGAGCGGACCCUUGAGCUGCAGGCAAGCUCUGAACAAGAUAAAGAGGACUGGAUAAAGGCAUUCCAAGAAACAAUAGAGAUCUUUCUCCAAAAGAAUGAGACCUUUAAAAUGGCUGCUAAAGAAGUAGAGGAAGUGUCUAUAACAGAUCUGGGAAAACGAGCUCCACGCUGGAUUCGAGACAACGAGGUGACCAUGUGUAUGAAGUGUAGGGAGCCUUUCAACGCUCUCACACGCAGGAGGCAUCACUGUCGUGCCUGUGGUUAUGUGGUAUGCUGGAAGUGCUCAGACAAUAAGGCUCCUCUGGAGUAUGAUGGCAAUAAGAUGAAUAAAGUGUGUCGAGACUGUUACUCCAUUUUAAAAGGCCAUACAGACAGUGAUGAAAAGGAGGGCAAGAAGAAAGGCAUUCUGGAGAUCGAAGCAGCACAGUUCUCAGGCAGCAGUAUAAUGUGCGGAUUCCUGCAGUACUGUGAGAAGAAUAAACCCUGGCAGAAAGUCUGGUGUGUUAUUCCUCAGAAGGAGGCUUUAGUGCUCUAUCUGUAUGGAGCGCCACAGGACGUUAAGGCUCAGUCCACCAUCCCGCUGCUGGGUUACACUGUAGACGACGCUUCCCGACCCACUGAUCCUCCAGCCAGCUUCCGUCUGUCCCAGUCGAAGUCUGUCCAUAGUUUUGCUGCCGAGAGCGAGGAACUGAAGCAGCGCUGGCUCAAAGUGAUCCGAGUGUGUGUGACAGGCGAGGUGGCUACGAGCCCGCCACCUACAGAGAUGCACACCGCAGAGAGCAGCCGGGAGCCGAGCACAGAGAGCCUUUAAGUGGAGAACGAGAGCACACUGUCAGUGCCAGAGAGAGAGAGGGAGAGGUCAAGGCUGUCAAUCACUCACAUGCAGCAUACAGCACGAUGUGGAUGAGCACUAUUACGGCCAUGCUGGAUUUGAUUUGUGAGCAAAGGAAAAAACAAUAAGGCUCACCUUUUAAAGCUGCUCUGAAACACAGCAGUCCAAAGAGAUGGCACACACAAGUGCUUUGAAACUAAACCGGUGCUCUAGGAUGCUUGGUAACAUGAUCAAAUAUGUCUGAGUGCACUCAUUUCCACACAUUAUGUGCUCAGUAUAGCUCUGCAGUACACUGCAGUACAGUACAGGCAGUGCUGUUCCUCUAGUGUGCCAUCAUUACAAUUAUCUACGCAUUGUGUAUAUAUAUAUAUCGUAGCAGUCUGUCUGUAUGUAUGGAUAUGCCCUCACUGUCUCUUUUAUAAAGAUGUGAAGUGAAUCCAGGCCUCUUCCAUGCUGAAGGCAAGUCUGAGUUUAAAUUCAGGCCUCAUCAGUACUCUAGGAAGUGACAUUAUCAUUUCUAGUAGGAUUUUUUUACCCCUCUCAUACGGACCACAUUUAGUCGCAAUAUUCACGGCUGCAGGAGUCGUGAUGUCGUGUCUACAACCUCAUUCCUCAUUCCCUCAUUCCCAGCACAUCAGCAGAAGAAUCCCUCUGCUCAAACGUUGUCCCAUACAGACUGCAAUGUGCAAGGAGACACAACAAUACCACAGUAGUGUUACAUAAGCUGGGCUUUAUAUUAGACUGUCUACUGAAUGGUCUCAAACUAUAGUUUUAUCCAAGCUGGUGCAUGUGUUGUCUUUAUAAAACAUUUUUAAAUGUCAAUUAAAGGAAUACUCCAGUGUUUAUCAACCUAAUAUCUAUGUAAAGCUUCUGUAACAUAACAUUUAUCCUAAAUAAGAAUGUAGACACUUUACACUAUACAGAGAAAAGUGCAAAAACAUACAGUUUACUGUAGAUUUCAUUAGAAUUAAAGUUUAAGGGCAGUUGUUCAACACUAUUAUGUACAUGCCACAUACUGGCAUGCACACAAUUAUGAAAUCUGUAACACAAAAGUUACUCAAGUGGGUAUUGUGUUUCUUAAGCGCAUUAUGUCAAAAUCCACCAUGUUUGCUGACCAAAUAUCUUUGUGUCUUAAAACUAGGCUAUGAGUCUUAUUAAUUCUUUUCACACAUUUAAAAAGACUUGAAUCCUGUACACUAUACACCGUGGACUAUGACAAGCAGUUGCAGUGUUAAAUUUCUAAUAUGAAAGUCAGUGUUAGUGUUCAUUAAAGCCACUGAUUAUACUCAUAUGCGUCCUUUGGUUCUCCUGUAAAAAUUAUUCCUGCUGCACCACAGUUUUUCAUCCAGCAACUGGUAGUUCUUUCAGUUGGUCAAGCUUUGUCACAGGUUUUAAGUCCUAACUUGAAUAUAAGACGUGAAACAUUAAAUAGUUUUCUUUAAAAGUGUAUUUCCAUCACCGAAAGGAAACGCUUAGUGGUUCAUUUAUAAGCACUCUUAGGAAAGAAUUUGUGAAAGCAAUCUAUGAAAAUCUGUUGCAGCGUAAACAUUUAUAGUCCAAACAACCGUCCUAACAACCUUCCUAACAACCGUCCUGACACCUGCCCUAACACCUGCCCUAACAACUGCCCAAACACCUGCUCUAACAACUGCCCUUAGACCUUCAACACUUUUCCCAGACAAACCUAAUCAUGUUUCCUAAAGGUGUUGAAUAUCUCAAUCUCACAUGCACUUCAUGCAGACUAAAGAGAUUCUGUUUGAAUAAAGUAUAUACUAUAUCCUUAUACACUGAAGUAUUCCUUUAAAAAUGCUCAUCAUCCACUAGCACAGAUUAUUUCUUCAUUUCUUUCUUUCUUUUCUCUGUUGGCUGUUUGAACGUGUCCUUUAGACACAUGCUAUCGAGCCGGCCAUUGGGAGUGCGAGUGUGUGUGUGUGUGUGUGUGUGUGUGUGUGUGUGUGUGCGUGCGCGUGCGUGUGUGUGUUCGUGCUACUGAUGUGUGUCUUAAAUAAGACUUCCAGUACAAUCAAGGACAAAUAGACCCACAAGCUGGGAAAGACAUGUAAAUGUUUUAUGAAAUACUGUAAUUAAUUUUAUUAUUUAAGAGUAAUUUAUAAUUGACGUGCAUGAUUUAAAAAAAAAAAAAAAAAAAAAGCACAACGUAUGGUUUCCUCAUUUUUUUUUUUUGGUUUUAUUUUUAUUUUUUUUCAGAUUUUAUUGUCCAUUUACCAAACACUUGGUAUGACGAAACCCAUCAUAAAAUUGGUUCUGUCUCUUUUUCCCUAUAGUCACUCAUAUUAUUGACAGCUACAGGUGAAAGUGGUCAGUGUUCUCUGGAUGUUGUGCGUCUGACACUCAGAACAUUUUUUCACAGAGAGUGAAGCGGUGCAGGUUGCAUAUACAGUGUAAUGUAGUGUUUUAGGUUUGUAGAGCUAACACGUGAUACACAAUACAUCAGGCUUGUGCUUCUGUAGCUGAGACGUCACUGUGUUGUCUUCUUGACGGAAACAUUCAGUCUGGUUUGAUCUACAGUAAAUACCCAUUGAUCUGAUCUCAUUAAACGGAACCAGAUUAAUGAAAUCAGUGAGUGAUUGGAAAGUGAGAGAGACACGAGAUAUGAAUCCUGAAAAAAAUGCACAACAAGCAUCAGAGUAUCGAGCAAAAGUUUUGUACUGAUUAUUAAAUUCCAGGUAACAGCUAUAUCAAAAAUUAGAUAAACACUGAACGAAUGAAUGAAUGAAUUGUUUGGCAGAGUUGCAGCAUCCAUUAGACUUUUUUUAACCACAAAAUUAGUGACUUGUGACUCUAAAUGAAUAAAUGAAUGGAUUACCUGAAUAUAAUAAUUGCAAUAUAAUAAAGUUGUGUGCACCUGCUGUUUCUUUUUGAAAGUAGGCCACUGGUUUAUUCUUUUCCUGUCAGCAUUAGUUAGAAACACACUUUUAGACUUUUAGACUUGUGUGGACACAAAGUUUUAUACAUCUGUAUUUAUUUCCUUCUCUAAAUCUGAAAUGCACUUUACCAUCUAUAAUGUGUACAUUGUAUGAAUAAAGAAAUCAAUAAAAUCAAA